CUAUAAACCAUGACGUAAUCCGGCGUUAUUGGCUACGCAGAAAGGCAUUUGUUUCAGUCCCCAGCGCAAAUUCAAGCCAAGCAGAGCGUUUACAAACUUUUCAAGCGAAGCGAAAUAUAUUUAAUGCAAUGAAGUUGUUGAGUUUUGGGCUUGUAUUAUUGGUAGCAGUCGCUGUGCAAUGUGAGCUUGAAGAGCGUCAGGAGGAGCUACAUUUUGGAUUUCAUACAGAAAAUGGAUUUAAGCGCUCUGAGGAUAUUACCUAUAACGUCAAAGUGAAUGGCAAUAAGGAACUAACAGAGCUGCCCAAAAAAGAAACGCCCAAGCCAGUGGAGUAUCGUGGUGGCUAUAGUUUCAUAUCAGCCGAUGGCUAUGAGUAUCAAGUGCGCUAUAAGGCAAACAAAAAUGGCUAUCAGCCUUAUGUAACGGCCCACAAGGUGGUAGCUGGCAAAGAGCAGGAAUAA